CCAUUAUCCACGUAAUUGAUUAAUUGUUCCUAUUCUCACUUUAAAUAUUCUUCUUUAUUUUAUCUCAAGAAUUGUAGUGUGUGUUUGGGUUUCUCAAGCGGGGGAAAAAUUUGACCUUUCCAUCAUACACUGUUGGGCUUCAGGUUUUGAUUCGACAAGGAUCGUAGGUUGACGGGAUGAUGAAGAGUCAACAGCUAAAGGAUAUAACAUACCAAAAAAUAGCAUGGACCAUCAAAAACUUCAAGACAUUGAAGAUCAAUACCCGACACUACUCUGAGGUUUUCACCAUCGGGGAUUGUAAUUGGAAAAUUGCUGUAUACCGAGGAAGACAAGAUGGGAAGUUUUUGGCAAUAUAUUUGCAUGUAGCUGAUGCUUCAAGUUUGUCUCAAGGGUGGAGCAUACAUGUAGACUUCACCUUUACUGUGGUCAAUCAAGUUUCCAGGGAAAAAUCUGCAAAAGGAGAUAUAAAGCAUAAGUUCUGUGCACACGCAGUUAACAGGGGCUUUACAUCUUUCAUGCCUUUAAGAGUACUUCAGGACCCAUCUGGUGGGUUUAUUUCCAAUGAUAAAUGUAUCAUUGAAGUUGAAUUUUUUAUUGUAAGAUCUGAAGGCAUCGAGCCUGCAAAUCACCCUACUUAUCCUUCUUUACCUAAGGAGUCCAACCAAGUUCUUGCAAAUGAUUCAAAGGUUGAUGAUGAUAAUGAGGUUGAUUUUAAGGAUAUAGGACGAAUAGAGAAACCAUUUGUUCCACUGCUAGAGGAGGUUUGUAUGUGGCAUCCUUCACUAUUGGAUUGUAGGAAUAAUAGAAGUCAUAGGUUUACAGAGUGGGCAUUUAAUGCUUUGGGUCGAGUUCUACAAUUUUUGAAGGACAAAAAGUGGAAAGACAUGAACGAUGAGGGGUGUGAGCAGCUUCAGCGUUUGUGGGAAGAACUUGAGAUGAGUAGAUUAGAUUUGGGUUGGUUGGAACCUGUUAUUAAAUCUGCUUUAAAGAUGAGAGGAUAUGAGGAGAAGGCAGAGAAAGUGAAGAAGUUGAAGCAAAACUUGUUGGCUUUAGAGAUAGAAAUGAAGGAGUUGAAAGAAAAGUUGGGUGAUUAUAAACAAAGUGUUGAAAUGAUAAGAAAAGAUCUGGUGAAUGUAGAAGAAGGCUUCGAAGAAAAGGAUCUGGAUGCAGAAAUUGGAUAUGGAAAACCCUAGUCCUAUCUAUACAUAUACGUAAAAUAGACCUAAGAUAUUACAUAAAAAUUGUAGUAUUAUAAUUUUCUCUUUAUGUGUAAAAUAACAUCCAAGUACGUCCAUUUCAUGUUUUAUG